AUGGCUGAGGAUGCCCUGCCAAAUGAGAGCCCCUAUGUGGGCGGCAGGGAGGUGUGCGCGUAUGACUGCGCCCUGGCGCCCCGCCUCUACCUUGCCCGCCGGGGCUGCUCCCUGCUCAAGGGGUGGGACUUUUGCGGUGAGGGGUACGGCAACCUCAAGGCCUACCUGCACCGCAUGACGGGCCGCCCCUCCUGGCGCAACACCGCCUCCUGGGACGACGACUGCAUCGCGGCAGACCUGCGCCGCAAGAUGCCGCAGGCGUGA